AUGUACACAUAUGGUGUGAUAGACGGUAGGUUCGUCGAGUCAGUCAAAAUCUCUGAUGCAAGUCUUGUGCGAGUUGUUAAUGAUCGACUUGAACAAGUGAAAACCUACUGCCCACAAGAUUUUGCUAGGAAGCUAAUAAAUAUAGAAAAGCAUGGCAAAUUCAAAGCCACCGAACAAAGGCAGUUGCUUUUUUAUACUGCUCCUGUUAUUUUUAGUGGUAUCGUUAAUCCUGCCGUUCACCAGCAUUUGCUUCUUCUUCACGCCUCUAUGAGAAUUAUGGCUAAUCCUUAUUUUCUCAAUACAGAGUAUGUUGCUUUCGCUGAGAGAUGUAUUAAGCUCUUUGUGGAAACAGCCUCUGAUGUGUACGGUGUAGAGUUUUUGUCGUUUAAUACUCACACUCUGUUGCACCUUGCUGAUGAUGUCAGGGCAUUCGGAGCAUUAGACUCGUUUUCAGCUUUUCCGUAUGAAAACAACAUGAGCUAUUGCCGAAAGUUGUGCAGAAAGCCAAGCCAGCACUUGCAACAAAUUGCCAACAGAAGAGCUGAAAACUGCCACACAACUGCUUCUAAAUUCAUAGAUCCAAGAUCUUUGAAAUUCAUUGGCAACCAUGCGAGAGGGCCUGCUCCAUCGAUCGAUGGUUCUACUGAUUAUGAUCAGUUUAGGAAAGUUGUAGCUGGGGCCGUCCAUUUAUCGGUUCUUCUGCCAGAUAGUACUGUUUGUUUGAAAAACACAUCCAUUGGCGUUAUUCAAAAUGUUAUUCGAUAUAACGGAUCCUGCCAUCUGCUUUUAAAGACUUUCAAAGACAAAGUCGAAAAUUUGUUUAAUCGUCCUUGUGACUCAAGUUUAAUCGGUGUUUACCUUUGCUCUAUCAUGAGUACUGAGACAAUAGUUGUCAGUAUUGAUGAGGUCUCCGAUAAGUGUUUUCGUAUGCCAUAUUGGCCAGCUGCAGUCGACGCUCCUGCGGCAACAAACUCUAAUUCAUUUGCCGUAUUUAAGAUUAUGUCCACGCAUUUUGAAACAGAAUAG